AUGGACGCCGGUACCCCCUCUUAUCCUCCCCUAGAGGACCGCCCGAUCAAGAACACAAUCGCCCUCUUCGAUGUAGACGAGACGCUGACGCCGGCGCGUCGUGCUGCUUCUCCCGAGGUUCUUCGCACGCUCGAGCGACUACGACAGAAGGUCGCCAUUGGAUUCGUGGGAGGUUCGAACUUACCCAAGCAGCAAGAGCAAUUGGGCGCUGCUGACCGCCCCGUCACCACCAUGUUCGAUUUCUGCUUCAGCGAGAACGGUCUAACGGCCUACAAGAUGGGUGCCGAACUACCCUCAAAUAGCUUCAUCAAGUGGCUAGGCGAGGACAACUACAAGGAGCUCGCCAACUGGACCCUGCACUAUAUUGCCGACCUCGACAUCCCCGUCAAGCGCGGUACUUUUAUCGAGUUCCGCAACGGCAUGAUCAACAUCUCCCCUAUCGGCCGUAACGCUAGCACUCAGGAACGCGACGACUACCAGGCAUACGACGAGAAGCACAAGAUCCGAGAGACUAUGGUUGGCAAGAUGAGGGAGAAGUUUGGGCACUUGGGUCUGACGUUCUCGAUUGGUGGCCAGAUCUCUUUCGAUGUCUUCCCUACGGGUUGGGACAAGACGUACUGCUUGAAGCACCUUGAGGACGAGGCCAAGAAGCCCGGCGGCAUCGAGUACACCAACAUCCACUUCUUUGGCGACAAGACCAGCAAGGGCGGCAACGACUACGAGAUCUAUACCGACCCCCGCACCAUUGGUCACUCCGUCGACGGGCCCGAGGACUGCAUGAGGCAAAUAAAGGAGACCUUCGAUAUCUAA